GUAGGAGAAAACAAAACUAGUUAGUCAAAAUGGACUAUGAUUUUAAAGUGAAAACUGCAGCUGAAAGAGCUAAAGUUGAAGAUUUGUUUAAUUAUGAAGGAUGCAAGGUUGGCCGAGGAACUUAUGGCCAUGUAUACAAAGCUAAAAGCAAAUCAAAUGCUGAAAAUGAUAAGAAAGAAUAUGCAUUAAAACAGAUAGAAGGAACUGGUAUAUCUAUGUCAGCAUGUAGAGAAAUAGCUUUAUUACGAGAACUAAAACAUCCCAAUGUUAUCAUUCUACAAAAAGUGUUUUUAUCCCAUACUGAUAGAAAAGUUUGGUUGUUGUUUGACUAUGCAGAACAUGACUUAUGGCAUAUUAUUAAGUUUCACCGUUCAGCUAAAGCGAACAAGAAACCUGUACAUAGUUUAAGAAACAUGGUGAAAUCUCUGAUAUUUCAAAUUCUAGAUGGAAUACAUUAUUUACACGCUAACUGGGUGUUACAUAGAGAUCUGAAACCAGCUAAUAUAUUGGUGAUGGGAGAGGGACCUGAAAGAGGCAGGGUUAAAAUUGCUGAUAUGGGUUUCGCUAGAUUAUUUAAUUCACCAUUAAAACCACUAGCUGAUUUAGAUCCUGUUGUAGUAACAUUUUGGUACCGAGCCCCUGAGUUACUACUAGGUGCUCGACAUUAUUCUAAAGCUAUAGAUAUAUGGGCUAUUGGUUGUAUAUUUGCUGAAUUAUUAACAUCAGAACCUAUAUUCCACUGUCGUCAAGAAGAUAUAAAAACCAGUAAUCCUUAUCACCAUGAUCAGUUAGAUAGAAUAUUUAAUGUUAUGGGAUUUCCACAAGAAAAAGACUGGGAAGACAUCAGAAAAAUGCCAGAACAUCCAACAUUGAUGAAGGAUUUUAAACGAUCCACAUAUGGUAAUUGUAAUCUAAUGAAAUAUAUGGAGAAACAUAAAGUCAAAUCAGAUAGUAAAGCAUUUAGUAUGUUACAAAAAUUAUUAACCAUGGACCCAACUAAAAGAAUGACAUCGGAAAUGGCUUUAAAAGAUCCAUAUUUUGAAGACCCACCACCUAAUCAAGAUGUAUUUGAAGGCUAUCCUAUCCCCUAUCCUAAAAGAGAAUUUAUUAGUGAUGAUGAUAAUGAGGAUAAAUCAGAAAAUAAAAAUCAAACGAACACAAACCAAUCUGAUCAGCCUCCCCAGAAAAGAGUAAGAGUUAUGCCCCCUGUUACUACGAGUAAUAGUAAUAAUAUGGUUAGUGGUGAUUAUCAAGUAAGAAAGGCAUGCUAUUUGUCAAUUCUCUACAUCAGCUAA